UCCAAGUGCUGAACUGAGCGAGCCAUUUUCGCAGGCGCGUGAGGACGAGCUCAGACCGACAACGCUCGCGCGCCGCUGUCUGUUUUUAUUUAUUUUGUGGUUGUUGUCGUUUCGUCCUCCCUCCCUGUCCUGAUCGUCUGCUCCUGUAAUUGCGUAAUUUGUUUUGGUUUUUUCCCCCCAAGAAAGAAAACCGAGAAGGAAAAAGGAUCAGUGUGUCUGAGGCGCAUCGCGCAGACAUGUCGGUGAAGCCGAGCGACGAGGAAGCAUCCGAGGGCGCGUGGUACGGAGACGAUCUGGAGAACAUGGAGCUGUUCGGGAAGAAGAGCACCUCGGGCCGCUUCGAGGAGCGCGAGGACGAGCACAAGCAGCACUCCCAACAUCCGCCUCACCCCGUCACCAUGGAAACUGCAUCUACAGAUAAAUCAGAGACAGAUCUCUUGAAGAAGUCCAUCAUUGAUAUGGGUGACCCAUACACAUCCCUGCUGUCCGGUUAUUCCUCAAAGAUGGAUACCUCCUACUUCUCGGGUGAUAUCAGUGGAGAGGACCAGAAGCAGAAGGCUGGAAUGGAUGACUUGAUCUCAGGCCUGGAUUGCCAGUCUGCCAUGUUCAGCUCAGACUCUGGUAUCGAGAUGACCCCAAGUGCUGAGCUUGGCUACAGCGCCCAUAAGCUGCGUGACUCAGACAAGACCCCCGAUUCCACCUACAACUACAUGGACAUCAGAAGCAGGGAGGAUACCCACAGCCAACAGCAGCCUUUGGAGGAUUGGGGGAUAAGUGAGGCAAUGGAAUCUGCCCCUCUAUCCAGCCUUAGGGGAGGGCAUUACUUGGAGAAGAGUCCCUCACCUGUGGAAGUGGAGACAUUGGGACCCUCUGCAGCUGCACUUGAUUCACACACUUUCCCCUAUGUAGAAGAACCAUCCGAUGACGAGCUCUCUGACUACCAGGCCAACCGCUUACCUGGUGCUGAAGAAGGUGCCAGUCUAGUAAAGAUCACUUUAACCGAGACACCCCCCUUGUCAGUCUCUCCAGUGGACAUCCAGCGUUCCUCACCUGUUGGUGUUUCUGAGAAAGAAAGCAUCCUGAGCUUGGGGCUACAGGGAGUGCCCACUGUCACACUGUCCGAGCCAGAGGAUGAGAGUCCAGGAUCUUCCACUCCACCACUCACAGAAGAGUCUGACUCUCCAUCUGAUUCCAUGAUCCAUGCCACUGAAGUGAAAACCCAGGAGAAAGCUCCAGAAACUGCAUCACUGGUCUCUCAGCCUGCCCUCAAAUCCCAAAGUCCUUCACUGGAGUUUAAGAGCACUCCCACUCUUCCCCUAUAUGCCAAGGUUACAGAUGCCAGCAGUGGAGACUCAGGUGAUUCAGAGAUUGAGCUUGUGUCUGAGGAGUCAAGCCCACAGGCUCCCAGCUCUGCCUACAUGACCUUCAGCAAGGCUCCCAGCACCCCUCCAUCAGCCCCGGCAACUACUCAAGCUCCUGUUUCUGUCUCUGUCCCUGCCUUUAACCCUCCCCCUGGCCUUGCUUCCGCCCCCAUCUCUGCAGCCAUGCAGUACAGCAUCCUGCGUGAAGAGCGAGAGGCAGAGCUGGACAGUGAGUUGGCCCUUGAGUCCUGUGAAGAAGAGAGCCCUAAGAGAUUUCUCCAGGACUCCUCCACCAAGGUAAGCAAAGUCAACACACAACCAGCUGAACCACCAUCCCCCUCAUCCACAGUGACCGCUGCUCCUCCUGUGAGCCCUGCACCGCCACCUGCUGCUCCUGUCUCUGUUGAUGCUCCUAAAGAGAAGAUAGCAAGUGAGGCAGAGAAUGAGAAGACAAAACCAAGCAGCAACAUUUCAACCCCUAGUCCAGUCCUGCCUGAACUGAAGGUGGAGAAGCCUCCUGAGGAAAGGCCAGCAGAGAGGACACUUUCUCCUGAUAUCUUCCAGGGAAUAACUAGAGAGAAGGCGAUGGAGCUGUUGUACUGGCGUGAUGUAAAGCAGACAGGCCUGGUGUUUAGCAGUGUGCUGCUGCUUCUCUUCUCUCUGACUCAGUUCAGCGUGGUCAGUGUGGGGGCUUACCUAGCCCUGGCCGCUCUCUCUGCCACCAUCAGUUUCAGAGUCUACAAGUCCGUCCUCCAGGCAGUUCAGAAGACCGAUGAGGGACACCCUUUCAAGUCAUAUCUGGAGUUGGAGAUGUCCCUGUCACAUGAUCAGAUGCAGAGGUAUGCCGAGAAAACCCAGCACUACAUUAACAACACUCUGAAGGAGCUGCGCAGGCUUUUCCUUGUGCAAGACCUGGUGGAUUCACUAAAGUUCGCAGUGGUCAUGUGGCUGUUGACCUACGUGGGCGCUCUCUUCAAUGGCCUCACUCUCCUCAUCAUGACUGUGGUGUCCAUGUUUUCCAUGCCGGUGGUGUAUGAGAAAUACCAGGCACAAAUUGACCAGUAUUUGGGACUCAUAAGGACUCAAGUAAACACGGUGGUGGGGAAGAUCCAGGAGAAGAUUCCAGGGGCAAAGCGAAAGGCUGAGUAAACAUCUCAGAGCCGCUGGAGAAUACAAGGAGGUCAUGACAAGGCUUUCCCUUAUUAUAGGGAGAGUUUCUCAUUAGUUCAUGGGAUUACACCUAAACACACACACACACACACACACACACACACACACACACGUAUGUGCAUUAAUAAACACACACUCACACACACACACACACAUGCGUAAAUAAAUGUACAGAAACACAUGCACAUGUACAAGUUACUGGAGCGUAGUUCUACUUUGUGCACACUGUGGUGUUUAGAGCAACAGUCGAGCCGUUCAGAGAAGUCCCACCCAUGCCCGAUAGCUAUAGAAAAAAAAAGAAGACAAAAACAUGCUGUCUCUCAAGCACUAAGCUCUAGUAAAUAAAAAAAAAAAGAACAAGAGUUGUAAGAAAAACGGAACCAAAAAAAAAUCUGUGUUUUUGUGUUGCUUAUUAAGUGCAUGAAGUCAAGAGUCUUAAGUGCUGAUGCGUUUCUUCUUUUCUUCUGGUUUUCCUGUGCUCUGGGCUUUCUCAGCUGCGCUGAAGACAUUUCUCUGUAGUGUGUGAACGAUGUCUUCGGCUUUAGUGCUCUCCUGUGAUAGUCUCUUCUAAUUCCCCUUCUUCUUCUUCUUCUUCUUUGGGGAAAAACGUCCAAUAGCAGCUUUUUUUUGUGUGUGGCACUGGGUGGGUCUACUCUUUUCUCACUAUACCUGGAAACAUAUACACUUAAAUAUUCUAUCAGCUAGACAUGUGGACAUGCCAAGGUUUAAUUUCUUUGUGUGGCAAAAACAGCCAGUAUUUAGCAGUGAUUUUCUGAUUAGGUAUGGUACACUAACUUGUAAAUGUUUUUAUAUAUAUAUAUAUAUAUAUAUAUAUAUAUAUAUAUAUAUAUAUAUAUAUAUAUAUAUAUAUAUAUAUAUAUGUUACAGGAACUACAGAGAUUCAUGUUUUUAGGUACUGUCGUCAAACUUCUUUUAAGUGAAACGCAAACGGAACGAAAAAAGAGACGGAGGAGGAGGAAGCUUAAAGCAAGAGAAUGCCAGCUUUGGUGAUCGUGUCCAUCUUUGUACCCUGUUGAGUGUAGUUCUUCUUUAGCCAUGGACUCUUAACUAUUUGCACUUAAAAUGUACUCACUGCUGAAUGCGAAAAUAAAUGUUCUUAAAUGUA